CCAUCGUCGCCAAUCCCAUCGCAAUCCUGUAACGCCAUUGACUCUUCGAUAUCCACACUCAGGAGGAGAAGAGAAACAGAAGGCGCGGUCCAUGCACGUGCACCAUGAACCGCGUGAGACGUGCGGUCCGUCAGCCCCGUGACCACCGCAACGCUUCUCUGUCAUGUGAAUUGUGGGGCAAAGCCGGCUUGGCAUUUCCAUUCGGCCUGUCAAUAACGCGUGGCUGCCUGAGCCGGAUUGUUUCACUGCAAACACUUCGAGCAGAAAACUCCCCUUCUUUCUCUUCUUCUCUCAAUCUCUCACUUUCCCGACAAGUCCUUGAUCCAACAUCUGUCCAAGGUGUUUGCCGCCUUGCUCACGACAAGUCACCUCCACUCAUUCCAAACACCAACAUGGCGUCUCCCACUCCCAUCGACAACAAGACCCUCAGGGACCUCGCAGUCAAGUUCAUCAACGGAGUGCCUCCCACCGCCGAAGAAUGCAAGCUCGCCCCUGCCAUCAAAGCGAAGCUCGCCGAAGAACUCGCCAACGGUGAGGACACAGCCCCCAAGUGGCUCCUCGACAUGGUGAAGGCCGACAAGGAGGAAGUAGCGGCGCUGGAGAAGAAAGUGGCAGAUCUGGAGGAGCAACACAUGGGCAAACUGCGCGCUAAGGCCAAGGCUGCUGCGUACGGAAAGCAUGGCUUCAUGGACCCCGAUGGCGGAUCUGUCUUCAACGCGGCCUUUCAACUCGCGCACCAACUCCGAGCCGACGCGAUGGUCGUUGCCAAGAACACCAAACCGAACUACGUGGCUCACAGGAAGAAGAUGGAUGCCAACUGGGACCCUACCAGCAACUUCUUCGUUCAGAUGCUGGACGAGGAAGAGGCAAAGGUCGCGCAGGGCAAGGAGCACGAGGGAAUGAAAGAGGCGUUGACAGACGAAGGUGUCUACAGGUAUGGCGAAGUCAUUCUGCCACCAGCCAAGCACCUUGCUCCAUCGGUUGGAUUUGCUUCGCGCCACAUGGAAGUCGAGAGUGACCCGCAGAUCGAGAAAGGCUCAGGAAUCGGGAGCACUCGAUGCAUUCAAGACAAGCACAAGACCUCUGGGACGAUGGUCUAUGAUGAUAACGACGCCGAAGACAGAAGGGUGGACCGGGAACGGGGAACGAGGCAUAUGCCUUGCUGGCCUCUUUGACACCGUCGCCGCCCUCGAUCCCAGACUCGUCGAC